AUGGCCCCAAAACGCCCCAUCGAGACUGCCGACGCUGCACCCGAGGCGAAGAAGCCCAAGCAUGGGUUCCGAGUCGGCCCCGAGAAUUUGCCAGACGGUCCCUGGCGCCGAAAAGUCACGAAAAUCAAGAAGGACUUGAUUCACAAGGCUAAGGUCAAGAAGGCUUACGCCAAGAUCAAGGCUCGUGAGCAGCAAGCUGUUCCAGAGGGCAAGUCAGGCGGCGACGAUGGGGCUCAGGAGGAAAAGGAGCAGGUCGAUCAGGCCGAGGAGAAAAUCCACCCAACCCGGCAGCUCAUGCUAGCCGACGAGGACAAGGCGGAAGAAAAUGCCGGCUCGAGAGAGGACAGUGAGCGCCACGGCGACGGCCAGCGACGCCGGACGCGCCGGCCGGGCUAUUACGACAAGCAGCUGAAGAAGGCUGAGGAGCAACGAAACGAAGCCGAGGAGCGGGCUAAUGAGUUUCAGCGACGGAGGGAGGAGCGCGAGCGUAAGAUGGCGGAGCGGGACCGCUUCAAGAGAGCCAUGGCUAAGACACGGGACCGUGAUGGGAAGAAGAAGUUGGGUAGGGAGAGCGCCCUCUUGCUCGACAAAGUCAAGAGGAUGGUUUCCGAGAGCUGA